AUGAAACGAGUACAAUACAACGAAGACAUUGUGAUAAGUACUUUACUCGGCGGUGUAGGUCAAACCACAACAGCAGCGUCAAGUAUACCAACAACAGUCAAUAACGGCUCUGCACCUUCACCACUGUCUGGUGCAAACGAUGCUUCGCUUAGUCCAUCUGGAGGUUCGGCGACAACUGGUGCCACUACCAAUGGACCGCUUAGUCCAGGUGCAAUUUCACAAACAUCAAAUAAUGCAGGCAGCGUAUCUGCAGUAGUAAAUUCUGCUGCUGUUGGUGUUAGCAUGAAUGAAUCACAAAGUGAAGCAGCUUUAUCCGGCUCAGCUGCUGGUAUCGCUGGUGCUGUUAAUGCAGGUAUUGGUAGUACAACUUGUUGUGAAAAUGGCAGACCAAUAAUGACGGAUCCAGUCUCAGGACAAACAGUGUGCUCCUGUCAAUAUGAUUCUGCACGCUUAGCGCUUUCAAGUUAUUCCCGUAUGCCGGCAGCAAGUGUUGGCGUUUAUGGCACUCCAUAUCCUUCAACCGAACAGAAUCCUUAUCCAAGCAUUGGUGUCGACAGUUCAGCAUUUUAUUCGCCUUUGAGUAACCCAUAUGCACUGAAAGAAACAGGUCCAGGCUCUGAUAUGACAGCUUGGACAUCUGCUGGUCUUCAACCAACAACUGGUUACUAUUCUUACGAUCCAACAUUAGCUGCUUAUGGUUAUGGUGCCAGCUAUGAUUUAGCAGCUCGACGUAAGAACGCCACUCGUGAAUCAACAGCAACGCUUAAAGCUUGGCUUAAUGAGCAUAAAAAAAAUCCAUAUCCAACCAAAGGUGAAAAAAUCAUGUUAGCAAUUAUAACGAAGAUGACACUGACGCAGGUCUCCACAUGGUUUGCAAAUGCACGGAGACGUUUGAAGAAAGAAAAUAAAAUGACUUGGGAACCAAAGAAUAAAACUGAAGAUGAUGAUGACGCUAUGUUAUCCGAUGAUGAAAAAGAAAAAGAUAUACUAGAAACAGAUAAGCCACCUAGUUUAUAUGGUGGUGCAAAUGAGCAUCAUAAAGCGAUGAAGCUAAUGCAGCGCCCCAAAAACGAUUUAUCAAAAAUAAAUCAUUUUGACGAGUUGCAAGUGCAAAGUGCGCGUCGCGUAAUUACCAGCAGCGAAUGUUGUGUCAACGCAACAUCAGCGCCCAUCACUUUUCACAUAUCUGGCUGCAAUGAAUACAAUAACGACGAUGAUGGUUAUGAUUAUGAUUAUGAUGGCAAUGUUAACGGUGACGCUGAAGCUGAAGUUGACGAUGGAAUGAUUCAAAUCAAGCAAAUUAUCCAAAUACUACUCAUACGUAUACGCAGCCGAUGUCAUUCCUACCCUAGUACAUACUUGUGA